CCCCCUUCCCCAAGCUUCUCGGCGCCCAGCCCUGGCUCCGGUAGCGAGCAGAAGGCGCACCUGGAGGAUUUCUACUGGAUGACCGGCUAUCAGCAGCAGCUCAACCCGGAGGCGUUGGGCUUCAGUCCCGAGGACGCGGUUGAAGCGCUGAUCAGCAGCACCCAUCAGCUCCAGAGCUUCGACGGCUAUGCUAGAGGGCAGCAAUUCAGUAGCGCAGGCGGCGCGGGAGGCGCCAUGGCCGGGGAGGAGAUGGGAUCCGCCGCCGCGGUGGUGUCCGCAGUCA